AUGAAUGAAACAACAGUAACAACCAAAUUGAUACCAUUGCGAGGAAAUUUGCGCUUCAUAUCAAAUAGCGCAAAUGAUCCGGUUACAUUAUAUGCCCAAAAUGUUACAACAAAUGGUUUACAAGCACACUCAGCUAAACCUGCGGCAGUAAUUCAAGAAAAAAACAAAUGGACCGGUGGAACAGUAAAAUUUCAUAAAGGUGAAAAUCGAGUAGAAACCAUUAAUACAGCAAUAGCUUGUGCUCAUUCACUUUAUAUUCAUGAACUUGUAAAUAAAACCGGCGUACGAUCACCAAUCCUGAAUUGUACCGCAUUACCAUUUCAUUGGCAUACAAUUAAAGCAACAGUUCAUUUUAUGCGUGCAGGUGUACUUCAAUUUGAUUCUAUUGCAAUGCAAGAUAUGAUUCAGUGUGCAAUAUUUUUUCGUAUUGCACAACUCAGUCGAUUAGUGGAAUCAUUCUUACGUCAACGAUCAAAAUAUCCGGAAUCUGUGUUGGAUGCAUACAAAACUAUUUUUCAUGAUGAUCAAAUGAUGCGCUGUGUAACUUAUCCUACCCAACAAAUUGUUGCUGAAAAUAUGUUAAAUAAUCUUCCGCCAUACAUUGAUGAAGCAAUUAAAAAUGAACGAAGUACAUUAGCUCUAAUGUCAUGUAACGCAUUAUAUUUCUUACUUUCGCGUGAUGCGCAACGUACACGUCAAAAUCAACGAGAAUAUGAGGAUGCAGCAUGUCAACGUUUUCAAGUGAUAAUGCGUUGGAUAUACUUUCAUCAACAAAAUUACGAUUAUUAUAAUAGUCUUAAACGUGAUCCAAAUGCUCAGCCAGUUACGUUUCCUAGAAUUGUACAACUUUUCAGUUGUGUACAUUUUGAACAUAUGCGACCUGAAAUUCGCCGAUAUUUUGCCACUUAUAUACGUGGCUUAUCGAAUACAAUGUUUGCAAAUGCUGCCCGAUCCUAUCUUCCCGAAUUGCAGUGA